AUGGCUACCUCAGCUACUGCUUCUAAAUCAAACGACCGAGACGUCGCAAGACGCGUACCUUACCUCGACAUGAAACUACCGCCUCCUCAAGACCAGAUACCGGCACAACCUGGAAUGCAUGGUCUUCAAGUCUUCUCGCCAGUCAAUCAGAACGGCAGCUUCGACUUUGACCGAGUGCUAAAGCAGGGUCAGAUAUUGAAAAGGACCCGAAGAACAAAGAGCUGGAAAACCAUAUACAUUGUCCUCCGCCCGAACGUCCUCUCCCUCUACAAAGAUGCCGACGCCACGAAGCUUCGACAUCAGAUCAAUUUGAGUGAGCUGACUGCCGUUGCUCGCCAGAAGGACCCUAAGGGCAAGAAUGAGUACGUGUUCGCGCUCUUCACCCCAUCACGGAACUUCCACCUUGCUGCCAAGACUGAGAAGGAGGCACAAGACUGGGUGGAGCUGGUACGCACAGAAGCUCGCAUUGACGAAGACGAAGAGGACAUGAUUCUCACAAGUCCAACCGGCCAGAAGGAUGCAUUUCAAGGCUUCGAAAGAUCGACUGCAGGGAUCGUGUCGAGUUCGUCAGAGGACAUGCGGUCCAGUUCGCGACAGCCAAUACCUAUACCACAGCGCACAGGAUACUCCAAUCCUAGGAACGCUUCGUAUACGGCAAACUACUCUGGCAACGAGCAAGGCUCUUAUUCAGACUUUUCAGACACUGCAGGUCCCGGGGGCGUUAUUGAAUCUAAUCUUUCCCUUUCCAACCCCAACAACGCACAAUCACCAAAUACAAAAGCACAGGCCGUAUAUGGCGUAUCCAAUACCUCGAAUACGACACAACGCAAACCCAGCAAUCAACAUGCACCGCGUAUGGAUUCUGAACGCGUAGUCUGCCAGGGCUGGCUUUAUCUCCUCAAAUCAAAACGAGGCGUACGGCAAUGGAAGAAGCUCUGGGUGGUCUUACGUGCAAAAACAUUGGCCUUUUACAAAGACCAAAGCGAGUACAGCGCAAACCUGAUCGUCCCGUUUCACAACAUCACAGACGUUGUCGAGAUUGAUCCUGUCUCGAAGACUAAGAUCCAUUGCAUGCAGAUCAUAUCUGAAGAGCGAAACUAUCGCUGCUGUGCGACAGACGAGGAUGGUCUGUUCCGGUGGCUUGGAGCUUUCAAGAGUCUUUUGGUCAAGCGCAAGGAAGAGCAGAAAUCGCGCAGCGCCAGCAAAAAUACCAGCGACGCGUCUACCGCUCCGUCAUCAGAGCCACAUCGAUUGUAG